UUUCAGAUGGUACUUUGAACAGAAACACAACGGUUGAUGCCGCCAUUUCCGAUGUUGCGGAGGCGCUUCCUCUGCACUCAGACAUCUAACUUAUCCUUGUUCAACCAAAAACCCGUCGGUCGACAAUGGCCUAUAAAACAGGUUACAAAGUCCAAUUUCUCAGAUUCACUCCAUGAAUUGAAAAACAAAAUAUCCGAUUCCGAUUUCGUGGCGGUUUCUUUGCAGAACACCGGUUCUUACUCCUCCCCGUGGCAUCGACUUCUGCCCUUUGACACUGCUGAAAUCGCAUACCUGAAGGCCAAGUAUGCCGCCGAGAGGUUUCAGAUUCUUCAGUUCUCUGUUUGCCCUUUCUCCGUUAGGGCUUCUAAUAAGCUUACAGCUUACCCGUUCAACUUCCAUUUGUUCCCUAGGGAUGAGCAUAAAAUAGGGAUGCCGUGUUACAGUUUUUCAUGUCAACCAUCCUAUUUAACUUCUAUGGCUCAAGAAGAUUUUGACUUCAAUGUCUGUAUAUAUGAUGGUAUAUCAUACUUGUCCAGAGCACAAGAAUCAGCAGCAAAAGGUCAAAUGGAAAAUCCAGUUUCAAGUGGUUACGUGGCACAAUCUCCAUCCUCUCGUUCAGUUGCAGAUAAUGUAUUUGUUGAAAGGAUUAAAUCCAGAGUUGGGCACUGGAUAAGUGCUUGUAAACAUUCAGACACGAGAACUAAUGAUGUUCUAGUUAAUUCCCUUAGGAAACUUAUAUUAGGAGGUGAAGAUUAUGGAUUGAGACCAUCUCUGAACAUAGAUGUUUGCAGUGAACGUCAAGUGCAGCUUGUAUUUGAGAUGGUGAAGUCCGGAUAUGAAAAUGUUGUGCCUUUGAUAAUCCCAGCAAAAGGAGGCGGAGCCCAAGCUGUCCGAGUUGUUUUAACAAGUUCAAAAGAAGAUAGAGAUCUGUUAGAGAAAGAGCUUCAAAAUAUGGAAGAGGAACAAAGCAAGCGUGUUCGUGGCUUUCGGGAGGUUAUUGAUUUGAUUUCCACUUCCCGGAAACCUGUUGUUGCUCACAAGUCCCUUAACGACUUUACAUUUAUUCAUUCCAAGUUCCUGGCUCCACUGCCAUCCACAAUGGACGAAUUCAGAAGCUCGUUGCAUUCAGUCUUCCCCAACAUACUUGACGUCAAUCAUCUAAUGAAGGAAAUCGGUCCUCUAAAUAAAUACACCAACGUACCUGCAGCUAUUUCCUACUUGAAAAGAAACUUCUUUGCACCUAUAGAAAUAGAGAUACCUCAAAAAGCUAGUGUGGAGGAAAGCAAGAAUCAUGGCCAUAACGUUGUGAGAAUAAGCGAGUUGUUUGCGAAACUCUGCUUUAUCCUAAAAAUCGCUCCAGAAACCGAAACCCACAACCCUGAUGGGCCUUCAACACUUAAAUGCUACUCCAAUGUGUUAAAUCUUGGUUCCAACAGCUUCCAAGACUCUAACGAGGAUGAUGACAUCAGUGCAUGGACUCAUAAUCCAACGAAAAUCAGCAUCAACAAUCUGCUUUUCUUGUGGGGUUUCAGAAGUGGCACAUCUGCCAGAAGAUUGAAGAACUUGCUCUGCAAGUCCCACGAGAAGUUGUCGGAAGAUGUUUUUGAUGUUCGACUAGUGGACAAGAAUUGUGCUGUUGUUGUGUUCUGGAAAACAGGACUGUCGGAAUGGUUUCUGACCACCAUUGAUUCUGGAGAUGGCGAACUCAGGGAACUGGCAGCAGAAGGGUUGAUGGCGGUAGGCUACGAAGCAUAUAAGAGGGUCUGUAAAUCUGAGAUUUUAGGAGCAGAUUUGGCAGAUUCAUUAGCGGAGUUUGAUAGGGAGGCCUCGGAGGCUCAUACAGAGGAGUCUGCCGAAGUAUACUGGAACAAUGAGCUGAUGAUCAAUUUGGAUGAUCUUUGAGGUUCAUAGGGUGCAUCUUUCGACUUUUGAAGUUGAACAAACUAACUUAUUCGAAGUAGAUAUAAGAUUUUGAUUUUUAUAUUUUAUGGUUAAUGCUGCUAACUUUCUGUUAUAGUAAUUAUUGUGUAUUUGCGAUUUGGUGUUUGUUAAAUUUCAAAUCAUAUCGGUACAGUUUAAAGA